CGUGGUCUCGGUGUCACGGGGAAGGUGGUGGGUGGGGUCAGUGGUGCUCAGUUAGUUUUACGGUGAUGGCGGCUACUUCGGAGACCUUAUCUCCGGACUGGGAGUUUGACCGGUUUGAUGACGGCUCGCAAAAAAUUCACGCAGAAGUCCAACUGAAAAACUAUGGGAAAUUUCUGGAGGAAUAUACAUCUCAGCUUCGAAGGAUUGAAAAUGCCUUGGAUGAUUCAAUUGGCGAUGUGUGGGACUUCAGCCUUGAUCCUAUUGCACUUAAGCUUGUGCCAUACGAGCAGUCCCUACUCCUGGAGCUCAUCAAAACAGAGAAUAAGGUUUUGAACAAAGUUAUAACGGUUUAUGCUGCCUUGUGCUGUGAAAUUAAGAAACUUAAGUAUGAGGCUGAAACAAAAUUCUAUAAUGGCCUCUUAUUUUAUGGAGAAGGAGCUGCAGAGUCAAGUGUUGUGGAGGGCGAUUCCCAAAUCCAAAUGGGAAGAUUUAUUUCAUUCCUGCAGGAUCUCUCUUGUUUUGUUACACGCUGUUAUGAAGUUGUAAUGAAUGUUGUCCAUCAAUUAGCUGCCUUGUACACCAGCAACAGGAAUGAAUCCAAGAUUAUUGAAACAACAGGAGUUCAUUUCUUGACCAUGUAUGAACAUCUUGGAGAGUUGCUGACUGUUCUGCUAACAAUGGAUGAAAUAAUAGAAAACCAUGCUACCCUGAAGGAUCACUGGACCAUGUACAAAAGGUUGCUAAAAUCUGUGCAUCAUAACCCUGGCAAAUUUGGGAUUCGAGAAGAUAAGCUGAAACCAUUUGAAAAGUUGCUCCUAAAAUUAGAAAGCCAGUUGCUGGAUGGAAUACUUUUUCAGGGGUGUGUAGAACAGCAGUUUGACUCAUCCAACAGGGGUGUGUCUGUUGCAAAGAAUGGAACAUUUGCUGAGGAGUUUGGACAUAAUAUUCGCACAAUAUUUUCAAAUGUGGAAGUGAAGCUUGGUGAAGCCUCUGAAAUAGACCAGAGAGAGAGAUAUGUGGGUCUGUGUGGCCUUUUUGUUCUCUACUUCCAGAUAUUUCGAACUGUGGACAAGAAAUUUUACAAAUCUCUCUUGGAAGCAUGUAGAAAGGUCCCCGCCAUUACCUUAACAGCCAACAUCAUAUGGUAUGCGGACCGUUUUCUCAUUCAGAAGGUUCCAGCUGCUGCUAAACUCAUUGAUAAGAAAAGCCUUCAGUCCAUCAAAACCCAGAGGGACAGUUAUCUACAGACAAAAGCGCAAUCCCUGAGCAAAGAUGUCCAAUCGUAUUAUGUGUUUGUAAGCGCUUGGAUGAUGAAGAUGGAAGCAAUUUUAUCCAAGGAGCAGAAAGCAGAGAAAUUUGCAGAAGACCUCACCAACAGGUGUAAUGUAUUUGUACAGGGGUUUCUUUAUGCAUGUGGCCUUAGCAACAUCAUCAAAACCACCAUGAACUUGUAUAUGUCUAUGCAGAAACCUAUGACAAAAACGUCGGUGAAAGCCUUGCUUAGACUGGUAGAGCUUCUCAAGGCAAUAGAGCACACUUUCCACAGGAGGAGCAUGGUUGUAGCGGAUUCAGUGUCGCACAUCACGCAGCACCUCCAGCAUCAAGCUCUUGCUGCCAUUGCUGUUGCUAAGAAAAGGGUCAUUUCUGAUAAGAAGUACAGUGAACAACGCUUAGACGUUCUUUCUGCCCUUGUGUUGGCAGAGAAUACUCUCAAUGGUCCCAGUACAAGACAGAGAAGGCUUAUUGUUGCAUUGGCCUUAAGUGUGGGGACACAAAUGAAAACCUUCAAAGAUGAAGAACUUCUCCCACUUUUGCUUGUAAUAAAGAAACUGGACUUAAUAAGCGAGUUAAGAGAAAGAGUCCAAACACAGUGCGACUGCAGCUUUUUGUAUUGGCAUCGGGCAGUAUUCCCCAUUUAUCUGGAUGACGUAUAUGAAAAUGCCGUGGAUGCAUCCAGAUUACAUUACAUGUUCAGUGCAUUGUGGAGCUGUGUCCCUGAUAUGAUACAGGCCAGACACCUGGAGUCCUAUGAAGUAUUGUUGGAGUCCUAUGACAAGGAAAUCAUGGCUGUUAUGACAGAGCACCUACUAGACAAAUUGUGCAAGGAAAUUGAAAAGGAUCUCCGUUUGUCGGUCCACACACAUCUGCAGUUGGAUGAACGAAACCCGUUCAAAACCGGCAUGAAAGACUUGGCUCAUUUCUUUUCUGUGAAACCCAUCAGAUUCUUUCACAGAUUUAUUGAUAUCAAAGCUUUCGUGACUCACUAUUUGGACAAAACCUUUUACAAUCUGACAACAGUAGCUCUCCACGAUUGGGCCACCUACAGCGAGAUGCGAAACUUGGCAACACAGCGAUACGGCUUAACAAUGACAGAGCCCCACUUACCAAGUCAGACCUUGGAACAGGGCUUGGACGUUCUUGAAAUCAUGAGAAAUAUUCAUGUAUUUGUAUCACGCUACCUGUAUAAUCUCAAUAAUCAAAUCUUCAUAGAAAGGACUAGUAAUAACAAACACUUGAACACCAUCAAUAUCCGGCACAUUGCAAAUUCCAUUCGAACCCACGGAACUGGAAUCAUGAGUACAACUGUAAAUUUCACAUAUCAAUUUCUAAGGAAGAAAUUUUAUAUAUUUAGCCAGUUUAUGUAUGAUGAACACAUCAAGUCUAGACUGAUCAAAGAUAUUCGAUACUUCAGAGAGGUUAAGGACCAAAAUGAUCAAAAGUACCCCUUUGAAAGAGCAGAAAAAUUCAACCGUGGCAUCCGGAAACUUGGGCUUACCCCAGAUGGGCAGAGCUAUCUUGAUCAGUUCAGGCAGCUCAUUAGCCAUAUAGGGAAUGCUAUGGGCUAUGUGAGGAUGAUUCGGUCUGGAGGGCUUCACUGCUGCAGCAAUGCAAUCAGGUUUGUUCCGGACCUGGAAGAUAUUGUUAAUUUUGAAGAGCUGGUUAAAGAAGAGGGUCUGUCGGAAGAAACCCACAAAUCUGCUAGGCAGCUUGACUCCGUGCUGAGUGAUCUUACCCGCAAUUCUGCAGAAGGCACUGAAUACUUCAAAAUGUUGGUGGAUGUAUUUGCUCCUGAAUUUCGCAGCACAAAGAAUAUCCAUCUCCGGAACUUCUACACCAUUGUACCCCCACUGACACUCAACUUUGUGGAACACUCCAUAAACUGUAAAGAGAAGUUGAACAAGAAGAAUAAAGUUGGUGCUGCUUUCACAGAUGAUGGGUUUGCCAUGGGCGUUGCAUAUAUCCUUAAGCUUUUGGACCAGUACCAAGAGUUUGAUUCCCUUCACUGGUUCCAGUCAGUACGAGAGAAGUACUUGAAGGAGAAGCGAGCCGUAUUUAAACAACAGAAUGUGCAGUCAAAUAACCAGGAUGAGAAGCUUCUACAAACCAUGAAUUUAACCCAGAAGCGACUGGACAUUUACCUGCAGGAGUUUGAAUUGUUGUAUUUCUCACUAAGCAGUGCAAGAAUUUUCUUUAGAGCAGACAAAACAGCUGCUGAAGAGAACCAAGAGAAGAAAGAAAAAGAAACAUCUGGAAUAAGCAAUGGAAACUUGCAGAACUCAGAUUCUGUUAUGAAAUGAUCCUGCUGCAGACCCUAACUCCAUGCUGCCACUCAGUUUAAUCCCAUGUUUUCUUUAAAUGCAUUGAGACUGGAAUAUGGAACAUUGAAGCUGCCCCCUGCAGUCUCCAGAGAACUGGCAACAUCAAGCACUUUAUAGCAUGAGUGGGAAACUGCACAGUGGUAUUGUGCCAAUGGGAAGCAGCUCAAGUGACUGUGCCACAAGAUGAAGUAUAACAAGUAUACUGCCACACAUCUGGAAACACCACACAAAUAUUAGAUUUUUUUGAGAUCUAGGACCAAAUUUAAAAAAAAAAAAAAAAAAACUGGAAUUGAUUUAUAGAAGGAAUUAUGGAUCCCAAAUGUGAUUUUGUUUUAAGGCAUUGGAUGGAUGAUAGUGUGUAUAGUCCUGUAAAGACACACUUUUGUACUUCAAAAUAUUACUGUAAAUGUCUAAUCAAUGAUGUAAAAAUGUACAAGCUAUACAUUAA